AUGGCAACCGCCGCUCUUCCCCGCACCCUGCUCAACCAACUCAUCUACGCGGUCAAGAACGCCAUCAAGGAGCCCCACCCGAUCGGCCGCGUGCCCGUCAGUACCACCCCAUACAAAGCCGACUGGAGCCGUGCCUGGUAUCGCAUCGGCCUGGCGUCAACGCUAUACGUGCCCGUGGCCUCAGCCGUUAUGUUUUGGCCCUUCGUGGUGCGAUCGCUAGCCAUGCCUGGUGGCUUCGGCCACGCGUAUCACUGGGGCAGGACAAAGGCUUGGUGGGAGGAGGAGCAGGAGUAA